GGGAAAUGUGUCAUUGUCUGGGAAAUGUGUUUAAAGACGCUCUGACAUAAACCAUGACCCGGCGACCCACGCCAUUGCAGAGCACAUUCUUAUUAUUGGUUUAUUGCAGCUCAAUACUAAUCACAAAAGCACGUGAUCCUAUAACCACUGCGUCCACCCUUGCGGAGCACAGGAAAGCUUUCACUGCUGGGACCUGUCGCGGACUACAUGACUACUACACUGACUUGCAUAAGCGCAUCAACAACGGCGAACAGGCGCAACGCUAUUUGGUGUUUAAGUCUCCACCAUCCGGUAUUGCUGACCGCCUAACAGGGCUGGUCGCCGCCUUCUACUUCGCGCUCCUCACCAGACGCGCGCUACUUAUCCCACCCUACCCCAUGCCCUACGAAACUCUGUACGACCAACCGUUCAUCAAUUGGACCACACCACCUCUCAACCAAUCCAUAGCCUGGCCUGUGACCUGGCCCCCUGGGAAGCGCACCUGCCUCCGAUGCGCUCAACCCAAAUCCACGUCCGCCUCACCAUCUGCCGAACCUUCAUCUGACGCAUCCGCCGCCUUCUCCUACCCCGAGCUCUUCAAACCGGACCAGCACACCAACUGUCUGGUUUGCGAGGAGGAGGAUGGUCGUACAGUGUCGUACCUGAAUUGGAUCAACCACCCACGGGCCCGCCUGUGGCAUCGAGGGACAAACCUAACCGCUGUGUUGCCGGACGUGCACACAAUCUACUACACCAGCAAUCGAGGCAUCACCAUCUCCCUCUUCCACAACCGCUUCCACAACCGCCAACUAACGGCCCUAGGGCUACGACCCAGUACGGCAUUCGGUUGUGCCUACAACUACCUGUUCUUCCCGCGGCCCGAGACGUUGGAGGUGGUUGCGGAGGAGCGGGCGGCGCUGCUGUCCGCGCCACUGGUGAUCGGAAUCCAGAUCCGCACCGACGACAAGCACAUGCUCCAGGGGGACAUGGAGACCGCCCUGGCUGCUAGGUACGAUAACAACUUCCAGUGUGCAGCACAAUUGGAGGCGGAAUUGAUGAUGGCGGGUGAAGAGGAGGCGGGGAAACGACAGCACCAACGCCAACUGCUGCAACUACAACAACUACAACAACAACGACAAGCAGACCAGCCAGGAUUGCUGUUGCAAGAUCGGCAACAGGAGCAGCAGCAGCAGCUGUCCCAACGGCACCUACUGCAGCAGCAGCAACUGUCCAGCAGGGAUGCGGAAUUGCAGCAUGGGCUAAUGAUGUCGAAGCUACAGCAUCUGAUGAAUUCGGAAAGGAUGAAGGAGCUGCUCGAGAAAAUGCAAACAGACCAACAAGCAGGUGCAGCAGCGGCAACAACAGCAGCCGCACCAACCGCUGCAAGGUCUCAAGGAAGCGGUGUUCGUUGGUUUCUGGUUUCGGAUUCCGGUGUAGUACGACGGCACGCGGCGGCCCGGUACGGAGACAAGGUUAUCGUACAUUUGAAAACCAAUCCCAGGCAUGUAUCACACACGGGCCAGGUCGACAUGCACGGCUCGCGACUGGCGGCGGCGGAACACUGGCUGUUCGGAAUGAGCGAUUACCAGGUGAUAAGCUAUUGGAGCGGGUACGGUCGUACGGCAGCGUUGCGGUCUCUCCGGGAAAUGAAUGUGAUUGUGCCGUCAGCAACAGCAGAUCCAGAUCCUAAAUCGAAUCCAAACUCAACUGCCGUACAAUCGUUGAUAGCGCCCAAGGUCGGUUGCGGGCUGGAGGAUAUGCAGGGUCCCUGGGAGCUGGGGGAAGGGUACUCGGGUGUACGAAGAAGGAGAGGAAGGACGAGGCGGAGGUAGGUGACCCUGCCAUGGUGGAGCUGAAGGCCUGCUGGCUAGAUGGACAGGCGGGGCGAGAUGAAGUGCUUGGGCUUGGUAGAUGGAGAAGGAGAGGGGAGUAGGUACGUGUUGCAGUGAUCGGGGGAGGAGGAGGUGUCAUGCUUUACGAAGGAGCGCCGUACACACACGCACGGUCGUUUUACGAGAGUGCUUCUUACUUACUCUCAGCACCAGUACUGGACUUACAUAUCUACAUACGCUUCCACACUCCUCGGCUUCUGUGGCGGUUCUGUGGGGACUUCAUCUUCCGACAACCACAGUACGUUCCUACUCGCGGCCAGUUUUCUUAACAUCACAUGGUAGCAGGUUGCGUGGUCAAGCAACCUGCUGUCUUGCGGUAUGUGUAGCGCAUCUCUUGCCACUGCUGCGGGUAGGAUAGUAGUUCCGGCUGUGUAGGGGCUACCGCUAGCUGCCCGCUUAGGUCCGUCUGCGCGCGUAACAGAGGUAGGGUUGUCAUUAACGAUGAUUCAAGCUGCUCGUGCACCCACUCUUGUAUCUUACGCACCUUGACAACUGUUGGCUGCAUAUGCGAGAGUGCCUGGCUCGCUAUUCAUGGGGCCAGGUAUGCUUCAAUUGUACGGAGUAUUUGGACUGGUCAGUAUCAAUCGGGGGUUCCUACCCAUACCCAUCUGUCUGCUAGUUGGGGCGCUACUGAUUGCGCGGGGGCUGCUGGCUGCAC